AUGAGACGUGUAAAAUUUUAUAAAAUUCGUAAGAAUCCACUGGAAGAACUUCAAGAAGCCGAAUUUAAAAUUAAAUACAGAUAUUCUCGCGGCACUGCCGUUUUCCUUAUUGACAUGGUAAAAAUUAAUUUGGCCGGUGAUUCAAGAGGUGGAUUUAUACCACCCCAUCUGAAAGUUUUGACUGCCAUAAGAACAUGGGCCCGUGGAGAGAUACAAGAUGAUGCAGGAGAUCUAAGUGGAAUGAGUCACCCAACAAUAUCACUUGUAUGCAAACAAGUUGCUUUAGCACUGGUAGCACAAAGAGCACAGUGGAUUAAAAUGCCACAAAGUGAUGUGGAGGAGAUCCAUGUGAUUGCAGGUUUUUAUUCAGUAUGUGGAUUUAGACAAGUGAUAGGGGCUAUUGAUUGCACACAUAUUCGAAUCCCGAAAGUCGGUGGAAAUAUCGGACAAUACUGCAUAAACAGGAAAGGAUACAGUUCAAUGAAUGUACAAGUUGUGUCAAAUGUUAAUUUAGAGAUCAUGGAUAUAGUGGUACAUUGGCGAGGCAGCACACAUGACUCAAGAAUAUUUAAUGAAAGUCGCAAAAAACAAAGGUUUGAGCAGUCAGAAUUUAAAGGCAGGCUUCUGGGAGAUCCUGGUUAUGCUUGUACUCCUUAUUUAUUCACUCCUAUCCUACGUCCCAAUACACAAAAGGAAGAAAUGUACAACCGGUCGCACAUCAGGACCCGAAACACUGUAGAACGAUGCUUUGGAGUGUAG